CCUCGUUGACCGCGGCCUCGUACACGUGAUGGUCAAAAUUAACGCGCGCAGAAACGUGAGACAUGACUCCCAGAGCUCAGGGAAUUCGGAUUCUGACGACCAUUUUGAAUUAUUUGGCAGUGGAAAUUCAGAUCUUUCUGAAGACGAAAAUUUCUUUGACUACAGGCAACAAUCAUACACGUGUGCAUCAGGGAGCAACGUGAACUUGGAGACAGGUAACUUCAGGGAAACCAUGGCGCGGGUGGAGGCAGCGCCGUUGCUGGACUCGGCCCAGCCGCCAUAUAGGAGUAUCACUACGCACAGUCCGGACCCGACACACACACUUUACGAGUAUAAGAAGAAAAUAGAUAAUUCAGUCGAUGUUGACUCGAAAAAACAAAGUUCUUUAGUUACAAUUUUCUCAGUAUGGAACACAGUGAUGGGUUCUUCCCUGCUGACCAUGGCUUGGGGAGUGGAGCGCGCUGGUCUGCCGGCAGCGCUGGUGCUGGUCGCUUUGAUGGCGGCGUUGUGUUUAUACACAGCUUAUGUGCUGCUCAGAGUUAACAAGCAUCAUGGCACAGUGACAUGUGAAGUCCCAGCUCUAUGCCUAUCCCUCCUCGGGCCUUGGGCGGCGCGAGUGGCGCAUGGAUUCAGUCUACUAGUUCUCCUGGGCGCCAAUGUAGUGUAUUGGAUACUGAUCACUAACUUCCUCUACUUCACAGUCAACUAUUUAGCGGACCUGUCCAGUCCAAACGCGACCUAUCCAACAGCGCUGCUCUGCCCAAAGCAAGGUGGCGUCAACGGCUCCCUGUUAAUCCCGGAGCCCCACGACUCUAGUUACUGGGGGCUCCACACCACGGUGCCUUUUUACGUGGCACUACUCGUUUUCCCACUGCUCAAUUUUAGCAACGUGUCUUUUUUCACCAAGUUUAAUUCACUGGGUACCCUUUCCGUGGUGUACCUACUGAUCUUCGUGAUAGUAAAAGGCUGGGGUUGGGGCAUCAACGUGGCUCCGAGGGAGAUCCCCGCCAGCACGGACGCGGCUGUGCUGAGCGGCAUGUUGGCGCUGUCCUUCUAUAUACACAAUAUCAUCAUCACUAUUAUGAGCAAUAAUGAACGGCAGGAGAAAAACGGCAGAGAUUUGACGAUAGCGUUUGUGCUAGUAACCAUGACGUACCUCCUAGUGGGCGCAGGUUUUUACGUUUGCUUCCCUCUUGCCAAGUCCUGUAUAGAAGACAAUAUACUAAAUAACUUUGAAAUGCACGACACAAUGACUGCAGUUGCGCGGGCGCUACUGCUGUUUCAAGUUAUAACCGUGUACCCGCUCGUCGCCUACAUGCUUCGAUCCGAAGCGCUUCUACUCUUACCCAUCAGCAACGUGAACAAAUCCCGCACGAGAUACACUGUCGCCAUCAAUGUGGCCAUCGUGUCAAUGUGCGUCGCUGUCGCCUGCCUGUGUCCUAACAUAGGGACUAUUAUCAGAUACACGGGAGCAAUAAGCGGCCUGGUGCACGUAUUCGCUCUCCCCUCCAUCCUCCAAGUCAAGUCCCUGCAGCUCCGAGGCAAGCUGACCUACUGGAAGCUGUUGCUUUACUUCCUUAUAGUCGUUUUUGGCGUAGUCAAUUUGGUCAUGCAGUUUUUUAUUAAAGAGUGAUAU